ACUCGGCUUAUUAGACACAUUUUCUAUUAUGAAAAUAUGGAUAUAAACGACGUAAAGUGGCUGCAAAAUUUAGUGCCCGUGCUUUACAAUGCCUUGGAGAAGCUGACACAGCUGGAAGAACCAAGAAAGGAGCCGGCGAAGCGUAGAAAACGACAUGCAACACCAACGCCAUCCCCUGAGCGCCGGCCAGAGGAAUCGCAGAAAACUGAACCACAGAUCAAUCGUACAAUUUGGGUGAAAGAAGAGUACCUGUACCGCGAUAGGGAGGGUUUCUUUGCCACAACAUUCGAGAAUUUAUAUGAAAAUAACCAUGAAGAAUUCAAGGCUCACACCAGGAUGACACCCCGAGUUUUCGAUAUGCUGUUCGAGCUGGUGGCGGAACGAUUGACCAAGAACUCUAUACGUACGCCCAUUUCACCCGAAUGUCGCCUGUUCCUGACGUUGAGGUAUUUGGCCAGUGGCGAAGGCACCGGUCGCUUGGCAAAGUCCUUCAAAAUGGGCCCCUCAACCGUGCGUGCGAUAAUUCGGGAAACCUGUGACGUUUUGUGGACAACAUUGUCCCGCACCUUUAUGUACCAGCCCAAAGCGGAGGAGGAGUUGCGUGCCAUUGUCAGGGGCUAUCAAGAUAAAUUCCAAGUGCCGCAUUGCCUUGGAGCCGUAGACGCCAAACGAUUGGAAAUUUCAUUCAAAGGAAAAGAAAAUCUUGUUCUUCUGGCCGCCUGCGAUAAGAACUUGAUCUUCAACAGAAUCGACAUUGGUUCGGUCUUUAUACCUGCAUGUCGUGUGGAUUGGCACGAUGAAUUCGGGACGCAGCUCUUUGGAGAUCAACAGCCAGCAGAACUGGGUCCUGCAUCCGAAGAGAAUCCGACUUUUGGCUAUGCCUUUAUAGCCAGCUCUGCUUUUCCGCUCGGAAACCAGCUCAUAACGCCAUACCCCACACCGACGCUGGAGGACGACCAACUGCUUUACAAUCAGAAUCUGGCCAUGGCACUGGAGGAGACAAUCGACAAGGCCUUCAGAGUGCUAAUGUCACGUUGGCGAGUCCUUUCCGAAACCAUCUACUGCAGCAAGGCCAUUGCAGAGAAAUUGGUACGCGCCUCCGUUAUGGUACACAAUUUUGCCAAACUGCACGAUGACACCUACUGUCCGCAUAGUUUUCUGGAUACUGUUACGACCAUACGAGCGUGUCCUACGGCCACAGAUGUGCCCACCGAUUGGCUACGCUGCGGGACGAAAGAUCAACAAAGAUUAAACUCUGCCAGCCAGCUGCGGGAUACCAUUAAAGAUGUGAUGAGCAAAGAAUCUGCAGAGCCGAGUAUAUUUGAAGCUCUGCUGGAUAGUUUAGAAUGGAAUUAGAAAUAUAUUAUAUGAUACAUCGAUUUUAGACUCGAAUCAAACCUCAUGAACGAACGCUUUUAUGGGAAAACUUUAUUUGGACAAUUAUAAUAGCAAAGUACAUAAGUAAUAAAAUCAUAUUUCAAUACAAAACUCAAGAUCAAAUCGAUUAUAUGGUAAUACAUGAAUUGCAAGGUUCAACAUUUAAAGAAUAACUAGCUGUAAAAACGUGGAUUCUAUGUCUCGGCCCCAACCGUUCCUUAAUUGAUCACACCUUCUGCACGUACGUUCAACGCAUCUAGCAGGGCACCCAUCGGUGUAGAUGGACCAAAACUCUCGAUGGUGUUGGCCAGCUUGUUCUUCAUGUUCCGUAGACGCAGCGAGGCGUGUAUAAAGGUCACCGAAAUGGGCAGCAGCAAGGUGAAGGCGGUCAGCAGCACAGCGCUAAUCAGAUGCAAAAAGAGAUAUCCACCAAGCAGAGCACCGGCCAGGAUGUACCAUUUCUGUUGAGCAUUUUGUUCGGCCGCAUUGGCAUUGCCUCCCGUCAGACGGCUGGCAAUGAAGCUGGGCUUGGAUUUGCUGCUGAAGAAUUGCCAAAUGACCGCAACGAUCAGAGCCUGCACAAUCAAGCCACUGAGGAUUUUGGUUGGAUUAAACACAAUCAUCAGCGCGUAGAUCACCAGGAAGAGCAGAAUGUAGUUGGUUUGGUAAUAGAGCAAGUUCUUUACAACGCGAUUGCCCCACUUGUCGAAGUCCUUCAGAUUGGGCAAUUGGAAACGCGCCGAUCCGAGCACGAAAUCGUCCAGGGUGCGCAG